AAGCAAAGAGACCACAAGAGUGAGUUUUCUUUUCUUUUUGUGCAUGUACUCUCAUUUUAAGUAUUUCGUUUACCGAUUUUUUAAGAAUGCAAUUUGGAAAAAAAUUGCAAUGUUCUGCAUCUUUGACACAUUUAGCCAUUGUUGCCAUUUUAUUUCGAACAAUUAAAUAUGAAAUACAACUUAGUAAAGCUGAAUUAGCAAAAUUAACACCGAUCGAUAUUGGCGCUACACCGGCAGAAAUUGAUCUUCAGUCAGAAAAUAAUGUUGUUAUAACACAAAAUGAUGAAGAAUCUGCGAAUCAUGUUUUGUACAACAAAUGCAUUGAUGAUUUGGAAAAUGCACAAAGUCAAGAUGAUUUACAGCAGCAAAUUGUUGAUUUAUAUGCAAAAGGAAUUUCUAUUUGUCCUCGAUUGGCUUGCAUUUUUCAAUUAUUUAUAAACUGUAUUACCGUAAUUGAAGAAAUCAAAGAAAACUAUCCAAACGUUUUGAUAUUCGAUGAAGGUGAUGACGUAUCGAAAACAGUGAAUGAUACAUUUAUUGAAACAGCCACAAAUGUAAUUAAUCGUUUAUUUUUGGAUGAUGCUGUUAAACCAUUUGAAAAUGCUACAGUUAAGCCUAAACUUUAUGAAAAUUGUUCAUUAUUAUAUGUUCAUAAAGAAACGGUGGAACGUGUUUAUGUUCUUUAUAAACAUUUGAUGAAUGUGGCGGAAACAUUAUUCACAAUACGGGAAAUUCCAUCUGUAAAAUCAUCCGAUACAAUAAAAAAUUGUACACC